AUGAGUGGAAGAGGUAAAACUGGCGGUAAAUCAAGAGCGAAAGCCAAGACUCGGUCAUCCAGAGCGGGUCUUCAGUUUCCAGUCGGCCGUGUUCACAGGCUACUUCGCAAAGGUAACUACGCACAACGCGUCGGUGCCGGAGCUCCAGUUUAUCUCGCCGCUGUCCUCGAGUAUCUCACCGCUGAGAUCUUGGAGUUGGCCGGAAACGCCGCUCGGGACAACAAGAAGAGUCGGAUCAUUCCCCGUCAUCUACAGCUGGCCGUGCGUAACGACGAGGAGUUGAACAGACUUCUGGGCGGCGUGACCAUCGCUCAGGGCGGUGUGUUGCCCAACAUCCAGGCGGUGUUACUGCCCAAGAAGACCGACAAACCCGCUAAGACCAAGUAA